AUGACUGCCUAUCUCCCUCGACAGCACAGCUGCUGCAGGGGGUCCGAUGGGAUUGAGUCUGCCAGAGGUAUGCCUAUGCUACCCAGGGAUAGCCACUGUGCGUGUGGUUGGCAGCAGAGCUCUCAGGGGUGCUGUCAUAAUCUUCAGGCAUUGCCAGCUUCUGCUUUGGGACCCCGAGGUCCAACUCUGAGCCAACCCAAGAAGACUAAGAGUAGUGCUGCGUGGGACAGAGGGCAGAAAAGUCCCCCCAAAACCUUAAAGGCAAAGGCGGCCACAGGGGAAUGUUGGUCGGACUGCACCUACCCCCACAGGUGGUACCAUCCAGGACAGGCCAGCCCUGCUCCUAUAAUCGUCAACACAGAUACAUUGGAUACUAUUCCCUACGUCAAUGGAACGGAAAUUGAAUAUGAAUUUGAAGAAAUUACAUUGGAAAGGGGUAAUUCUGGCCUGGGUUUCAGCAUUGCCGGAGGAACGGAUAACCCACACAUUGGGGACGAUCCGGGAAUAUUUAUUACCAAGAUUAUACCAGGAGGAGCAGCAGCAGAGGAUGGAAGACUCAGGGUCAAUGACUGCAUCUUGCGGGUGAACGAGGUUGACGUGUCCGAGGUUUCGCACAGCAAAGCGGUCGAGGCACUAAAAGAAGCUGGUUCUAUAGUGCGGCUGUAUGUCCGUCGAAGGCGACCUAUUCUGGAGACUGUUGUUGAAAUCAAACUGUUCAAAGGGCCCAAAGGUCUGGGAUUCAGCAUUGCAGGAGGUGUGGGGAAUCAGCACAUCCCUGGAGACAACAGCAUUUACGUUACAAAAAUUAUCGACGGAGGGGCAGCGCAGAAGGACGGGAGGUUACAAGUCGGAGACCGGCUUCUUAUGGUAAAUAAUUACAGUUUAGAAGAAGUAACGCACGAAGAAGCUGUAGCAAUAUUGAAGAACACCUCCGAUGUAGUGUAUUUAAAAGUUGGAAAGCCCACCACCAUUUACAUGACUGAUCCUUAUGGCCCGCCAGAUAUUACCCAUCCUUAUUCCCCACCAAUGGAAAAUCAUAUAUUGUCUUCAGGCAACAAUGGCACUUUAGAAUACAAGGCAUCUUUGGCUCCUAUCUCUCCCGGAAGAUAUUCGCCUAUCCCAAAGCACAUGCUAGUGGAGGAUGACUAUACCAGGCCUCCUGAACCUGUUUACAGCACUGUGAACAAAUUCUGUGAUAAGCCACCUUCUCCUAGGCACUAUUCCCCUGUCGAGUGUGACAAAAGCUUCCUCCUUUCAGCUCCCUAUCCCCACUACCACAUAGGCCUGCUCCCUGACUCUGAGAUCAUCAGUCAUUCCCAACACAGCACAGUCACCCGGCCACCUACAGUGAGCAUACAACGGAGCAUUUCUAUAGAAGGGGAACCUCGAAAAGUUGUCCUACACAAGGGCUCAACGGGACUUGGGUUUAACAUUGUAGGAGGAGAAGACGGCGAAGGCAUUUUUGUAUCCUUCAUCCUAGCAGGUGGACCAGCUGACCUCAGUGGAGAGCUACAGCGAGGAGAUCAGAUUUUAUCUGUGAAUGGAAUUGAUCUUCGUGGUGCUACUCAUGAACAAGCUGCUGCAGCACUCAAAGGUGCAGGCCAGACGGUCACCAUCAUAGCACAAUACCAGCCAGAAGAGUACGCUCGAUUCGAGGCCAAAAUCCAUGACCUGCGUGAACAGAUGAUGAACCACAGCAUGAGUUCUGGGUCAGGCUCCCUGCGAACCAAUCAGAAGCGUUCCCUUUAUGUCAGAGCCAUGUUUGACUAUGACAAAAGCAAAGACAGCGGCCUCCCGAGUCAAGGUCUCAGCUUCAAAUAUGGAGACAUCCUCCAUGUGAUCAACGCCUCCGAUGAUGAAUGGUGGCAGGCCAGAAGGGUCAUGUUGGAGGGGGACAGCGAAGAGAUGGGUGUCAUUCCCAGCAAAAGGAGGGUUGAAAGGAAAGAGCGAGCACGCUUAAAGACAGUGAAGUUUAACGCAAAACCCGGCGUAAUCGAUGCAAAAGGGUCAUUCAAUGACAAGCGUAAAAAGAACUUCAUCUUUUCACGAAAAUUUCCAUUCUACAAGAACAAGGAGCAGAGUGGGCAGGAAACGAGUGACCCGGAACAACAUGUUUCCUCUAUUGCCAGCGAUAGCGAAAGUAGCUACAGAGGACAAGAGGACUGCAUUCUCUCCUACGAACCAGUCACAAGGCAGGAAAUUAAUUAUACCAGACCAGUGAUCAUCCUUGGUCCAAUGAAAGAUCGGAUCAACGAUGACUUAAUAUCUGAAUUUCCUGACAAAUUUGGUUCCUGUGUACCACAUACAACUCGACCAAAGCGUGAUUAUGAAGUGGAUGGGAGAGAUUACCAUUUCGUCAUGUCUCGAGAACAAAUGGAAAAAGACAUCCAAGAGCACAAGUUCAUAGAGGCCGGGCAGUAUAAUGACAAUCUCUAUGGAACCAGCGUGCAGUCUGUGAGAUUUGUGGCAGAAAGGCAGGGCAAGCACUGUAUACUUGACGUAUCGGGAAAUGCCAUUAAGCGACUACAAGCUGCGCAACUCUACCCCAUUGCUAUCUUCAUUAAGCCAAAAUCGUGGGAGCCACUGAUGGAAAUGAAUAAACGCCUCACGGAGGAGCAAGCCAAGAAAACGUACGACCGAGCAAUGAAGUUAGAACAAGAAUUUGGAGAAUAUUUUACAGCUAUUGUCCAAGGAGAAACCUUAGAAGAUAUAUAUAACCAAUGCAAACUUGUAAUUGAAGAACAAUCUGGGCCUUUCAUCUGGAUUCCCUCCAAGGAGAAGCUAUAAAGCUGUCACUUCACCUCUAAUCACGAUGGAAGAGUAUUUAGAAGAAAACCUUAAUCCUAUACUAUUUGGAAGCUUUUUCUGGGGUGGGAUUUUAUUUUUUAAAAAAUUGGGUUGCUUUUACGUUUCUUGCAGUCAAUGUGAAUUUUUUCUGAAUGUACAACACAAAGUGUUCGAAGCCAUGAAGGACAUUGGUUUGUUCAUAAAGAGUAGAGAAAAAAGGAGAAAAAAAAUAACCUUUAAAAAAAUACUUUUGCCAUAUAAAACAAAACUCUUGCCGUGUGCUCACCACACCCCUUGUUGGGAUAGACGUUCUACGGGGAUGCUUGCGGUGUAAGAGAGCUGGCAAUCGGCUCUGCCUACAUCCCAGUCCGUAUUCUUGGCUAAGCUCGGUAAACUUGUCGAUUGCUUUAAGAAGAAAUCCCCAGGUCUCGGACCUCGACCCUGCAAGGAACAUCGCCGUGGCUCCAGUCCGCAACCCUGGAGCGUGAAGCUGAUGUCAAGGCAGCUUGUCUUUUAACUGCGGUUCACUGGAUGAGAAGAGGAGCACCUUGCAGGAUAGCGUCCAACAAAAACUGAUCCAUCUUCCACCAAACUCUGCAAAAACCUUGAAUGGUUUUCUGGAUGUUGGAUCAAGGUCUGAGUUUGGUCAUAGCACACCCACCUUGAGUUUCAUAUAUCUAUGCACAUCUUUCUUUUUUCCUAUAACCAACCUGGAGCAUCCCUCCCCCCUUCAGACCUACCAUUUCAUCUGGUUCCUAAUGUCAAAAAGGGUCAUCCAAUGGGAUUCGGUGGGGAGGGAAACAUUUCACGUUGAAACAUGCUCAGACGCAAGCCCGAGAGUUUGCAGUGCUUAAACUUGACCAAGAGGGAUACAGUUGGGAAAAGCUUUACCUUUUUUGUUGAUUGUCUAUAUUAUCAUUUAUAUAAAGCUAGAAGGCACUUAAAGAUGGGAUAAUUUAUUAAAGAAUCUAUAUUGAUGUAUAGGCGCUAAUUUCUAUAGGGGGACAAACUAUUUUGUGAGAGAUUUUGUAAAGAUUAAGAAGGUGAACUAUUUUUCAUCCUUGGCUGGCUGUAAAAUGUAAAGGAGGACUUUCAAGUUGCACUAUCCCAUAAUAUUCCCCAUUAGAGUUCCCUACAAUCUUAUGUUCUAAGUUCUAGACUUUUUCUUCUUUUACCAUACUUUCCUUUUUCAUUUGAGUUAUGAUAAAAUUCCUAUAGGAAGAAGCCUUUUUUUAAAAAAAAAUCACCUAAAAUAAAAGGAAUCUUUUAAUUGAAAAGGACAGUAGAAAGGGGACAGGUUAGACAUAAAAUGACAAUGGCUUGAAUGCACUUUCUGGGGUUUGGGGUUGUUUUUUCCCCAUUAAUUUCAUUGAACAAAAAGGCACCAUAAAGCUGUCUUUGAGUCUCUUUCCUAGUUCUUAAAAAAAACAGCUGCAAAGAUACCCUGUCCCUUGCAAGCCACUGAUAGCCUUCUUGUUUCUCAUUCUAGACCAGCAGUGUGGGUUCCAUUAAAAAUUGGUGAGUGAAUUUGGGGGGGUCAGUCUAUGUAUGUUUGUUUCAGGAUACAUUGAAGGUCAAGGGUUAGGUUGGGUUGGGUUUUUUUGAGAAAGAAUCAGUUGUCAGGCCAGUGAGAAGUUCUCCCAGUUUGCACGACUCCAGCUUUUUCACAGCCAGGGCUCAUUUUGAGGGGGAACGUGCAGGAACGCAGUCCUGGCAGUUCCCCAAAGAAGUCACGUGUCAGGUGGCCACACCCACCUCUCGGCCAUUUUGGGUUCAUUUCAGCCUGGAUUGGGGCUGAAACGGCCCGGAUCGGGCCUCUGAUGGGUGGUGGAUCACUCUCCCCGCUCAACAGUGGCCCGAUCCUGACCAUUUUGGGCCCCUUUUUGGUCAUUUUCAGCCCCUUUUUGCCAGUUUGGGCUCAUUUUCGGCCCUGAAUGGCCAGGAUUGGGUCCAAAGCACCCAGGAUAGGUGAUGCCAGGGGGUGUGGCAUAUGCAAAUCAGUUAUGCUAAUGAACCACAUCUGGUGAUGGCAAGGGGCAUGGCAUAUGCUAAUGAGCUAUGCUAAUGAGUUCCUCCAGCUCUUUUUCUAUGAAAUGACCCCUGUUCACAGCUCUUCUUUGUCUGACCAGAAAGUUAAUGUGGCUUCCAUUUAUAAGUAUGUUUUAAGAAGAAAUGUCUCUUUACCCCUUUCAAACUAUCAGAAAAUUCCUAAUUUUAAAAAGGCUGUCUCCUACGAUUUGAAGUCAAUGAUUGUGGUUGUGGCUGGGAUGGGAAAAUGGCGAUUUGUGAAAGAGGCAAUGCAGUGCUAAGCAGAGUUACAGCAUUGCAAAUCCAUUAAAGUCCAUUUUGCUUAGAAUUUGCCUUAAUCGAAAUCUGGAGGAGAAGUAACGUAUUCUGAUAUCACUAUCAGUUUGGUGUAGUAGUUAAGAGCGGCCGGUUUCUAAUCUAGAGAACCGGGUUUGAUUCCCCACUCCUCCACUUGAAGCCAGCAGGGUGACCUUGGGCUAGUCACAGCUCUCUCAGAGCUCUCUUAGUCCCACCCACCUCACAAGGUGAUUGCCAUGAGGAUAAUAAUAACAUACUUUGUAAACCGCUCUGAGUGGGCAUUAAGUUGCCCUGAAGGACGGUAUAUAAAUUGAAUGUUGUUGCUGCUGCAGAUCUCUUUGUACACCCCAGAUUUCCACAUUUCUUUCAAGAGGAGCUCUGAGAAUGCCAAUUUCCUGGCGAAUGAACUCCAUAUUGCAACACUGGUUUGGCAUUACUGGAUCAGGACUGAAAUCUCUUACUUGGCCAAUUAGAAAUAGCUGCAACCUUGAUGAGGACAAUAUCAGGUAUGACAGGGGAAACCGUGCUGAGAAUUGAUUGGGUUAAUCUUUUAUGUAGCACUUUCAGUACACCAAGUGCUUUACGACUUUUCUCUAACUUGUCCUCACAACACCCCUGUGGGUGGGUUGUUUAUUACCCCCAUUUUACAGAUGGGAGCGGGGAAUACUGAGUCCAAGGCUGGCUCCAG